AUUUAAAACACAAAGGCAAGUUAUCACGCUGUACACAACUGUGUGUGCUACAAAACACGUGUGUCAGAAAUUUUCAGACGAACCCAUCACGUUUAUCCGUCUAGAAGCUACAAGGCCUCAUUCUGAUGCCUGCUCGUGAUUUAAUCAAUCCUCCACCCUCAGACUCCAGCCAUCACUAUGCUGUCAGACGAAACGCCGCACACUCCCACUCCUCUGAUUCACGCUCAUCAACGCUGUGCAGAGUUUACUGGGAACUUGCGGUCGGGAAACUUGCGCGGCUCCUCCAACAGAACGCGUGUUUUUCCGAAAAGUCUCGCCACAUUAUUGUUUACACCUGCGGCUGUGCAUCUUUGAAAACCUCAAGGGAGGUUUUAGCAUUUUGUCUUCGACAGAAUUCACUGCGAACAGCUUGUGCGAUGGACUCAUCGCUUGAGUUUUCCAGCUCGUUGGGCAGCGUGUCCUCCCUGCUAACCCGCUGUCGGACCUUUAAAGUGCUGGUGAUCGGAGACUCUGGGGUGGGGAAGACCUGCCUCACGCACCGACUGUGCGCCGGACAGUUCCCCAGCAGAGUGGAAGCCACCAUCGGGGUGGACUUCCGCGAGAGACUGCUGGACAUUGAUGGAGAAAGAAUUAAGCUCCAGCUGUGGGAUACUGCAGGACAGGAGCGCUUUCGUAAGUCCAUGGUGCAGCACUACUACCGGAACGUCCAUGCCGUGCUCUUUGUUUAUGAUGUCACCUGCCCUGCUAGUUUCAGUGGCCUGAUUGCCUGGAUAGAGGAGUGCAGGAGGAACUCCCUGGGACAGGAAAUCCCCAGAUUCCUGGUGGGUAAUAAGAGUGACCUCCGUGAUUCCAGCAGGACCUCAGGCCAGGUGUGCCAGGAGCGGGCGAUGAGCUUUGCCAAGGCCCACGGCAUGAUGUUUUUUGAGACAUCUGCCAAGAAUCUGCAGAUGAAGCGCGUGAAUGGACAGCGAGGUGACAGGGAGGUUUCAUAUCAGCAGGAUAAGGUGGAGGACAUCAUCAUCGCUGUCGGUGCCAAACUGAAGCGACAGAAGAAACCUUCCGCAACAACCGCUUUGACACACAGUGGGUCCUUUAAACUCCUGAACAAGAAAAAAACUGAAAAAGAGCAGUGGACCUGCUGCUGAGAGAAAGAGAGGCAAGACUGUGUCAGAUUUACCAAUGUGACUUUUUAGCUCUUUGUACAGUGUGCGUGCAUGCAUGUGUUUGUGUGUGUACGCAUGCAUGAGAGAACUUAUUUGAGAAUGUUCAAAAACAACCUUAACAUGAAACACAGUUGUCGUCAGGCACACAGAACUUUAAUAUUUAUAAAAACGUGAAUGUCCUACUUGGAAAUUUUGUGUAUAUUUGUGAUUUUACCUGUUUACAGUAGUUGCAAAAUAAAAACUGUGAAUUUAAACAUUA